AGUAAACAAGACCCUACACAAUGAUACAACUCAGAACAGGCACGUGUACUUUGCUGAUCUGUGGAAUGUGUGCAUACUGCACGUUUCAUGGCCUGCACUAAACUUGUUUAUGGUUUUUGCUUUUGUUUAUUGUUUUUCCUUAAGCGGUGAUUUUACCAAAUGUCAUAUAAAAUCCUCGCGCAUGAAGUGUGGAUAUCGUAUAGAUCUGCGGAUAAUAAUUAAGCAAAGGGCUAUAUGACAAUGUUUAACAGCAAAGGGAAGUGGCCGCGUGAAGUCAGCCAGAAUUAUCUCCCGUGGAUACGAAACCAUCGAAUAACUUUGAAAUGAUGACUCUGUGUCAAUCUCAUCAACGAAAAUGGCUGCUACGUUGUCAUUUCGGUGGCUGGAAAUUCUUGAAAAAGAAUUUGACAAGGCCUUUGUAGACCUCGAUUUGCUGCUUGGAGAAAUAGACCCGGACCAAUGUGAACUAACCUUUGAAGGCAGACAGAAAAUGACCGCACUGAGUGCGGCGUUUGCUCAACUGUGUCACAAGUCCCAGACGGUGUUCCAGUCGAAUGCCAAACUUGAGGCCCAACUUGUGGAUUUGAGAUCAGAUUUAGUUGAAGUUCGAGCUGCAAAGACUGUGGUGGAGAAAGAGCUACAUAAUGUCCUUCUGCAACUUCAUGCUUCACAGUUACAGCUGCACCAAUCAAAAGGUGUGGAUGUUGACUCAGACGCCAUCAAGAGGAAGCUGGAAGAUGAAAUGGACAGUAGGAAAGCUGACAUGAUGAGUAUGGCAAGACUUGACGCUGAAAUGAAAGAACUGCGAAAAGAAAACCAUGAACUGCGUCAGUACAUCCUGGCUCUUCAGGGAGAAGUAUAUGGUGCAAGGCUAGCUGCUAAAUACUUAGACAAAGAACUUGCCGGCAGAAUACAGCAGAUUCAACUCCUGGGGCGUGAUAUGAAGGGGGCUGAGCAUGACAAACUAUGGAACCAGUUAGAGGCAGAAAUCCACCUGCACAGACAUAAGACUGUGAUUAGGGCCUGUCGGGGACGGACCAGUCGAAAGAAGAGGCUUCCUAUUCCACCAGGACAUGAUUUCAAUUCCCUUAAGAAGAGACAUGGGUUGGGUGAUGUGCGGAGAAUCAAAUUGUACAAAGGGCCAGAAGAAGGGUUAGGCUUAUCCAUAACCGGCGGUAAGGAGCAUGGGGUACCAAUCUUAAUAUCAGAAAUCCACGAGGGUCAACCAGCCCAGAGAUGUGACGGACUGUUUAUAGGGGAUGCUAUUUUAUCUGUGAAUGGAAUUGACCUGAGAAAUGCCAAACAUGCGGAAGGUGUGCAGAUACUAUCUCAACAGCAAGGGGAUAUAGAGAUGGAGGUGGUGUUUGUGGCUCCAGAUGAGGACAGUGAUGAUGAAAACCAUGAAUAUGAAGAUGAAAAUGGAUUUAGGUAUAGGAUAUAUGACGAUGAGGUUAUCAGUGAUGGCAGUGAGGGUAGCAGACGAGAGUUUCCUGUGGAGCCUCAGUCAAAUGGGGCAGAGGCCUCUCCUGUAGCCAACGGUCUCUCGGCAUCCACAGCUUCCAAGGUUACCUCCCCUGCAGAGAUCCGCCCCGUGGACGGCUCCAGUGAAGGAGCCGUCAGUCCCACCACUCAACAACCUCCACCAGCUGUAAAUGGUGGGUCUCCAACUACUGUUACCGUGGAGACAAACACCCCACAGCAAGCACAACAACAGACGGCCACAAAUACAGCCGUGCUUACUGGCGAAUAAAGUCUACAGCUCUGUCUCUCUAACUCCUUCAUUCCAGGUUCUCAAAAGGAGGACUAUUUGUUUUGACUGGUGAAAAAUAGAUAAUUAUUUCAAGUACACUCAUAGUCUUGUAAUAUGGCCUGUAAUUUUGUUGUUUUGGACUAAACAACUUCAUAAAGUAGUAUUGACUUGUACAUGUUCAUUGCACUAGAACAUUUCUAAAAUAUGAAUUUAAUUCUUAUUUAUUGCCUGUCCACAAUCUCAGUCACAUUGAAACAGAGAAUUAUGCCUUGCCAAAUUGCCAUGACAACAUAGACCUUCGCUUCGAAUUGGUCCAGUAGAUAACUGUAGGCUUGACCUAUGACCUUUUGCUGAACCAGCACUGUGAUGUAUACAUGUAUUUAUAAGGUGCAUAUUGUACAUGGAAUUGUAAACCUUCUCUGACAGGUUUUACCGGCAGACCGACAAAAAAUCCAAAAAUGGAAGAAAAGUAAAGGUGAAAAUUCACCCAUUUAUUUCGUCCAGUCUUGAUAUUUUUAUGAUUUUCCUGUUUUUGUCAAAGCUUUCUGUUGAUGUAAAUAUGCCCUCAACAAGAAAUAAUACCGGCAAUGUUCACAUUUCCAGUAAAGUGUAUAUGAUUUAUAGCUUUUAUUUUCAGAUAUUUGUACCCUUCUCCUACACUGGAGAAGAUAUUUUGCCCACAAAAGUGCAUUUUUAGAGGACAAUAAAUGUCACAAAAUAUUACUUCUGGUGCUGAAACUUACAAAUUUUCCAGUAGAAUAUCCUCCCAAGUUCCGAGCAAACCUCAAAACACCUUUCUUAAAAAAUAGAACGCACAGAAUCAGGAAAAAUAGGCAAGUUAGUCAUGGACGAAAUUUAUGGUCAUUUAGGGUAGUCAGCCUAUAAAACAACAACUUAAAUUAGCGUGGCCUGAAGCCAGUGUACACUUUUUUUACAUUUGUAACUACCAUUAUAUGGUAAAUUACAAAACUAUGGCUCCAGUUUACCAGACUCUCUCUUAGCAUUUUAGUGGUUGUAUUUGGCUGCCUGCAUUUCCAACUCUUCACUUGUGUAGUCAGCACCAUCUUGGCAUGUGUCCAUCUUGUCAGCACUAUUAUGACACUUCCAUUCCAAGACAUUCGAGUCAAGUGCCAUAUAAAAUGUAACAUUAUUGGAUACAAAAUACUUGUGUCAUUCAUUAAGUUUUCACUUCAAAUUCUGACUUUUUACAUGUCUUGCUAAGAGGUGUGCAUUGUAUCACAAAUGAUUAUCAUGCUUUGAACCGUCAGCAUUUCUAAUUUCCUGUGGGCUCUUUGCAUCAUUUGAAUUCAAAUACCAUGAAUUUUUUUAAUCAUGGCGUACAUCGAGAAUUAUAUUAUUAAUUUUUU